AUGCCGACCUCGAUGCUGCCGCUUUCUGGUAACUCCAAGAUGACCGUCGUUCUCGUCUUGACUCAACAAGCACGCGUGGGAACUAAGCCAGAUUCUAGGGCUGCGACCGCCAUAACUGCCAACUGUGGCCAGUACUGUAUCGCUAGAUCGAGAGUCUACGUCCAGAGCGAGGUGUACGACGCUUUUCUCGGCCGCUAUACUGCAAUCUUGAAACAGAUGGCCGGCGGCAAAGGCAUCCCCGGCGAUCCAUCCACGACUUAUGGCCCCGUGGCCGACAAGCUACAACUUGAGCGUGUUCAGGCAUACAUCGAAAGCGGGAAAGACGAAGCGAAGCUCGUCCUUGGGGGCGACCGAAUGGGGAACAAGGGCUACUUCAUCCAUCCGACCGUCUUCGCAGAUCCUACUCCGAACACAAAGGUCUACGAAGAAGAUAUAUUUGGACCAGUCUCAGUGGUGAAGCGCUUCUCGACCGAGGAGGAGGUCAUUGCUCUGGCCAACGAUACCGAGUUUGGUUUGAUGGCCGGGUCCUUCACCAAGCAAGUCGACUGGGCAGAGAGGAUGGUGAGUGCUAUAGAGUCCGGCACCGUCUGUAUUAAUUCAAUGAUGAUGGUGAGCGCACAAACUCCUUUUGGUGGGGUCAAGCAAUCAGGCUACGGCAGCGAGGGUGGCUUCGAUAGUAUCCUUGCUUACACCAAGUCAAGACUGUUUUUCUAA